AUGCUGCAGGGUUUGCGGCGGAAAAUCGGUCGCUAUGCGCCUCGAGGCGGCGGCGCGGCGGAGGAGGCGCCCGUCGAGGAGGAGCCAGAGCUCCGGGAGAGCGCGUCGCCCCUGGAGGCGGCCGUGUGGCACUUUAAUAGGCAGGACAGAGCGUUGAGACGACUGGAGAUGGAGAUGACACACAUGAUCGAGCAGAUUCAGGUCGCGUGCGCUACGAUGGCUACAGUCGCGGAAAUCUUCUCCGAGACCUGCAGUGGUUAUGAGGAACAUUCUUUCGGAGGGGGAUUUAAGGCGACGAUGAAGCAGGUUGAGCUUGAGGAAGCCGAGAGGAUGGAGCAGUCCAUUCGGUUCACAGUGCUGGAUCCGCUUCAAGCGAGAUUAGAGCGACAUGACCAGCUGAGAGAAGAAAUAAUUGUGUGGGAUAAACUGGCGGCGGAGUGCAAGAUGCUGCGUGCAAUAACGCUGAAGAUGCAGUCGUCGAGGCUGGAGGACGAUGAUAAACGAGCGCAGACGGAGAUGGACCUGCACAGAGUGGCUGAAGAGCUACAGGAGGCUGAGAUGAAGUUGCUGCCGCUAGUGGAGGACGCCGUGGAGUCAGCUACUGCAAGCACCUUGGAUUUAUUCAGCUCAACGCGCCUACAAACGUCGAUCUUCUUCCGUUAUACAAGCGAGUCCGUCCUAUCAAGUCUAACAUCAGCAGAAAGAGAAGUAGUUGCGGAAGCUAAUCACCCACUGAAGAUCCCAAUGGCUGUGAAACUCACGCCACCCAGUGUAUCGCUAUCCACGACGGCUUCGAAGCUGACCAAAAUGUUUAGCUUGACGUCGGAUGGGUGGACCGAAGUCGAAGGAUCGAGCUCGUCUACGGCGCCGGACGGAGUCGAAGCGAUUUCAGGAAGUGAUGAAGACGAUGAGUCGCACAUCACAUUAGAAGAUUUCGAGGCCGGGAGGGUGCCUCAAGUGCACAAAGCAGCAGAAGACAGCGUGAAGACCCCGACGAUUGACACUCAAAGCGACCCAGCGAGGCUACUGACACUGGCUUCAUACGCAAUUGUGACACAUGACGAAGAAGAGGUCGAGGAUGCGAAUGGAGACAAGUCAAGCAGGAUUCGCCGGUCAACUUCUCCAUCGCCAAGGACAGCGAGCUUUCAGCCUAUUACUCCACGCAGGACCGCCAGUAUGUUCUGGUCAAUCCGGAAAACAAUACGCGGGAAAUUCAACUACCCAAGCGGCCAGCCAAGGAUCAUCCGACAGAGUUCAGCACCGCCUAUUGAUGCAACUGGAAAUCACAUGUUCAUCACCCCACAAUCCCCGACUGAAUGGCUAGCCAUCGAGGAGUGCUUGUGGGAAAUUGACGCAAGGGAGGCGAAAUCUCCUAGCAAAUCCAUGCUUACGGCAGACUCUAUGAGCUCGGACACAGAGGACCUUCUGACUGGAUUACUUCAAAAACAUGAUUCACUUUACUUCGAAUGCCUAUCAUAUCUCCGCGUCGAAGAUCUUGCUCGGCUGUCGAAGGUAAACUUUCGCCUGCAUUCUCACUUGAUUGGAAGCGCCCCGAUUUGGAAGAAGAGCAUCCGAUCUGGAGGAUUAUCGGAAUCGAUCCGAAGUUCGCUGUGGCUCUCAGUAUUUUACGAAUCCACACCAUGGCGGUCAAGCGGCAUCGCAUCGCACUAUCUGUCCGCCGACAGACGCUGCAGCAUGUACGAUCAGUUGUUGGAGAAAGUGGGGACAAAGUUGGCGGGUGGGUUGGACGCAGAGGAAGAUUCUUUGAGUGAUGAUGACGCACAGCUCGCAGUGUGGUUCCGAGAAAUUGACGUUGACGUUGUGCGCACAUGCCACCGGAGGAUCUACACCAAUAACACGGCCACAUUGGUUACCUCAACGUCCGACAGCGAUGAGGAUACUGUUGAAUCCGUCCUGAACGAGAUGAUCGACAUCGUUGUCAAAGCGAAAAUUAGGCGCGUGCUGCGCGCGUACGUCGUGUACAACCCGCGCGUGGGGUACUGUCAAGGGAUGGGAUUCUUGGUGCGCUUACUGACCGAAGUUGCUGAAGAUGAAGCGGAUAUUUUCUGGUUGUUCGUGGGGUUCUCGGAGCCGGAGAACGACCGCAACCUCUAUGAACCGGGGAUGGCUGUACUCCAACCGUACCUGUCAAAGUUCGAGCUGUUGUUCUCGACGCACAUGCCGGAGCUGUACGCGCACUUCCAAGCCGAGGGCGUGCACGUGGCGACGUUCUGCACGCGCUGGUUCCUGACGUUCUUCUCGUCGUUCGAGACGCUAGCGCCGAACCUCGUGAUCCGCCUGCUGGAUAUCUUCAUCAUCGACGGCUGGCGAGUCAUGUUCAGUGUGUCUCUGGUCAUCCUCGACGAACUCCAGGAACAGCUCAUGAAGUGUGACAUGGAGGGCAUUCUACGAGUGCUUCAGUUCCCACGCAGUUACAUGCCUGACCCGGACCAGUUACGCCAACGCCAGCUCGUUCGACACGCGUUGGCGUUCAGUAUUUCUCGCGCUAUUAACUCUAUUUGA